CCUCUUGAUAUACAGGAUCUUCCUUCAUUAAAAUAUUUUAUUCAGUUAAUGUUUCCUUUAUCUUUUGAAGAAGUUAUGAGUUUCAUUAAAAACCCGAAUAAAAAUGAGGUUUCUAAAUGUGUAAAUGAUUUCAAAGUUCGCUUAAAUGAUUAUUUAAAAGUAAUAAAUAAAGGAAAUAAUGGAAGUCUUCCUCCUAUAGUAUGUCGAAAUAUAAAUUACAACUUAGAUAUUAUAGACCAGGGAAUUAAUUCAUUAAAAGGUAUUGAAUAUGUGAAAUUGGCACAUGAUAUUAAUAAAACUGCGAAGGAACUAUUACAAGCAUAUAAUACUGGAUGUAAAAGGGAAUAUUAUAAAAUAACUGGGAAUAAUAUACAUUACAGGAAGGUUAUGGAUGUUUUAUGUUUAGAUAUAUCUUAUAUCAAUGAAAAUAUGGAGGAAAUUAAACAGAAUAAUAGAAAAUCAUUUCUUCAUAUCUAUCAAAAUAUGCUUAAAAAUGAAUUUUUUCCGUUUAAUAAAUAUUGUACACUUGAUAAAAUAAAUGAAGCACUUCAAACAAUUGACUGUAAAGAAUUAAUUGAACCCUCAAAUCCAUCAUUACAAAUUGCAUCUAAAGAUGUUCCAGUAGAAGGUGAUAGUAAUAUGAUAAUGGAAACUACAUUAAAAGAUUCACAAUCUACACAAAAAUUAGAAAACUUAUUACAGAACAGUUCGCAAGAAGAAACUCCAAAUCUGAAUACAACUUAUGCUGCUGUUUCACUUACAGCUGUUUCCCUAUUGGGGGUCUUAUUAUAUAAAGUAAUGUAUAAUUACAAAAAUGAAUAUUAUUUUCAUACAUAA